GAUUCAAAUUCUUAUGAAUAUUUCGCUACAAGUUUUAAUUUUGGUUCGUAUUUAGAAAAUGUUUCGUAUGGUAAAAGAAUUUAUCGGCCAUGUUGGUGGGAUCACAAUGAUUCGACCACAAGUGGCCCGGGCGAUGGAGUUCAGUAGUUCCAGAACCACACAUCAUCGUACCAGCAAGAGCGGAGAUUGCAAACAGAAGGCAUGCCAGGACAGUGCCGCAGCGGAAGCCGGGGCCGACAAAUCCGUGAUGGUUUCCAGCCCACGUAUGUGGCGUCCCUGUCCGGAACCACCGAAGCCGCGUGCGUUUAGCUGCGAGGAAAUGAGUAUCCUGGAAAUGCCACGGCGGAAGCGUGAACCGGUGCUGAGGAAGCUCAGCUGUACCUCACCCGCCCCAAGCAUGGAAGCCCCGGAGUGUAUAAAAAUCAAGGAAGACCUGUGCAUGCGUGUUCAGGUGCCGGGAUGUGGCAAGGUAAAGUUUCCACCGAAAUGCGACGCCCCGCUUCCUGCGAGAGACUGCAAGAGGCAGUUGCCACCGGUACCAGCCUUCUCCGAAGGUUACAAGAACCCGUUCCCACCGCUACCGAUAUCGGAGUGUUUGUGCUAUGAAGCGCGCAGUGUAUGCUGAGAUGAUGUUACACGAUUUUUUGAAAUCUCAGUGCAAGACUCUACCACGCUUUUGCUAUGCGCAAUAAAAUCGGAACGAAGAGAGUGUAUU